AUUUCGCUGCGGUUACAGCAGCUGCUUCUCUCUCUAGCCACCGGCGCCUGCUUCUGCGGGUGUCCAACGCGGCAAAGCCUAUUCGGUUUGGCCAGCUGCGUGUGAUCCCCUCGCGCCCGAAUCUCUUAGGUUGGCUUUGGCGGCUGAGGUUUUGGGGGAGUUCUUUGCUUCAUAGAGGCGAGUCAGCAGAGCUGAAUCUCACCUCGAGUUUUAGUUAGCCGUACGUCUUCGGAUCUUUCCUUUUCCUCAUCUCAUCUGGUGGGAUUCAUCUCCAUUUUGGAGUUCAUUCAAAUCCCACCUGGGAUUACGUCGGCGCGGCUGUCGUGGGAUUCUCGGUGUCGCGAGUUUUGGAUGCACUGUGAUUCUUUCGCACAUGGUGAGCUUCUGAUGUCAAUUAGGAUUAAGCAUGUUUCUCUGCUGCGCUCAAGUUGGAGAACAAGAAGCCAGCUUCGACAGUAGUUAUCUGUCGCAAGCAGACAAUGCACCCAUUUUCACUUAAGAGUUCGAAGGGAGCACCAAUUCUGCCGCGACCGGUCUUUGUUUUCUUCGUUGCCUUAUUUGGAUUCUAUGUAUGCUACCUCUCCUUCAAUCAGAUAACACUGGAGAAUAAAAGGGAAGGGAAUAGUGGAGAAGAACAAAGGGCAAAUAUUUGCAGAAAGCCUCAUGUGCCAUAUGAGGAGCUCCGUUACACGCACUUUCCAAAACCUAGGAGUUAUAGCAGGGGGGAAUGCUCAUGUACUCCUGUUCGAUUCUUUGUAAUUGUGUCUAUGCAAAGAUCCGGAAGUGGAUGGUUUGAGACAUUGCUAAAUAGUCAUCCUAACAUUAGUUCCAACGGCGAAAUCUUUAACAGAGUGGAUAGAAGAGAAAAUAUCUCAUCUAUCCUACAAACACUUGACAAACUGUAUAAUUUGGACUGGCUCACCAGUGCAGCGAAGAAUGAGUGCACAGCUGCAUUUGGACUGAAAUGGAUGCUUAAUCAGGGAAUUUUGGAAAAUCAUGAUGAUAUAGUUAGUUAUUUGAACAAGAAGGGUGUCUCUGUAAUAUUUCUGUUCAGGAGAAACACAUUACGCAGGGUUAUAUCUGUGCUGGCCAACGACUAUGACAAAGAUGCUAAGCAGUUGAAUGGAACUCACAAAUCUCAUGUUCACUCAAAAGAAGAGGCUGAGAUAUUAGCAAAAUUCAAACCAGAGCUGGAUACAUCGACUCUGAUCACAAAUAUCAGAAACAUUGAGAAGGCCAUCAGAGAUUGCUUGGAUCACUUCAAGAGUACACGGCACAUGAUGCUCUAUUACGAGGAUAUAAUCGGCAAUAGCAAUGCACUUUCCCAGGUGCAGGAGUUUCUGAGAGUUCCGGUGAGGCCCCUGAUGAGCAGGCAGGUGAAAAUUCACACGAGACCACUGCCAGACCUCGUCAAGAACUGGGAGGACGUGAGCAGCAAACUGAACGGCACAGAGUUUGCUCACUUCCUUGAUGGUUCAGAUUACGUCAAGUGAGAGAUACAUAUGCGAGCAGACUGGUUAUUCACAUUUGGAGUUGUAGUUGCAACAUGCUUAGGAUUCUUUUUGUACAGAUGAAUUUGUAAAGAGCAGGGAAUAAAGAUUAAAGAUGACGAUCACAUAUGCUGAUGGAAUUGUACAAAAUUUU